AUGGACCUCCCUCUCUAUCGAACGAAGGGCCGCGCACUUGGUGUGACUUUCGAACACAUGAGCGUACUGGGCGCUGCGGCUAGUGCUGGUGGCAUUUUGGACUUACCUUCCUUGAUUCUGAAAGUCACGAAGUAUCCCGUCGAACUCGCCCUCUCUAUGUUUACAAAUCGAUCCGUUCCGACGAAGCAUAUUGUGCAGGAUGUCAGUGGUGUUCUUUACCCCGGAGAGACAAUGCUUGUCCUUGGUCGUCCGGGAUCGGGCUGCUCAACGGUUCUCAAGGCUCUCGCAAACAACCACUCCUCCUUUGUUGACGUUCAAGGACGCAUCUCCUAUGGCAACAUUUCGUCUGAAGAGAUGGCCCACAACUUUUGUUCCGAAACUGUUUAUGCGGGGGAGGAUGACAUUCACUUCCCGACACUCUCCACCAAGAACACGAUUGAAUUCGGCUACACACUCCGCAAACCGGUCACAGAGGAGCAAUCGGACUCUGAGUUUGCUGCCGAGCAGACAAGAAAGAUACUGAGCUCGUUGGGAAUUGGACACACCAAGGACACCGUUGUUGGAGACGCGUUCAUUAGAGGUGUUUCUGGAGGCGAGCGCAAACGCAUUACCCUGGCUGAAGCACUAUCGAUCAAUUCAGCUUACGGAUCCUGGGAUAAUCCCAUUCGAGGACUGGACAGCUCAUCCGCGACACAGUUUCUUCGCUUGUUGAAAAAUAUUUCAAGAAAAACUGGCAUGUCCAACUGUGUUUCCCUCUAUCAAGCAUCUGAAACCAUGUACCAGGAAUGCUUUGAUCGAGUCAUGGUCCUUUAUGAUGGACAGAUGAUCUUUUGUGGCAAAGCGGAUGAGGCAAAACAGUAUUUUGAAGAUCUCGGAUUUGAGUACUUAGGACGUCAGACAACUCCCGACUUCCUCACCGCAGUGACAUCUCCUCUUGAGCGAAGAAUUCGCCCGGGGUUCCAAUCGGUCCCCCAAGAUGCCGAGUCAAUGGCCAAGGCCUUUCGCAACAGCGAGAAUUACCGUCGCCUGAAUAUCGAUAUUGCUUCCUACUACACGCAAAUCGCUGAUAAUUCUGAGUACACCCAAUCCUUCAAAGAAGAGUCCCAAAGCAUUCGAUCAAAACAUGCUGUUUCAAAAGCGAUUGCCCCUCGGUCCAUCAUCAAGCAAACCUAUUCCGCUGCCAUCCGAUACUAUCAGCUUCUAUGGGGUGAUCGUCGUACAUUCUACACCGUCCUCGCUUUCAAUGCAAUCAAUGCUGUUCUUAAUGGGUCCGCCUACUACAUGGCGCCAAAGACUGCGACCGGAUCGUUCGAGAAAAGCGGCGCUCUCUUCUUUUCUCUCAUUUAUUUCUUUCUCAACGCCCUCGCUGAAACUUCUGCCACCGUCAACUCUCGCGCUGUUCUUCUCAAGCAAAUGAGAUACGGAUUCUUACAUCCGGUAUCCUAUGUCAUUGCUCAAACCAUUGCGGAUAUCCCUGUCGCUGCAUUUCAAACCAUCGUUUUCUCCUGUCUCUAUUAUUUCAUGCUGGGCCUGGCCAAAACUGCUUCAGACUUCUGGACAUUUUUUGCAUUCGUUUUCGUCCACUACGGUGGUGUGCAAGCCAUGUUUCGAAUGAUAGGAGCUUGGUCUCCAAACCUCAGUGUGGCGUUGUUGUUGGCUGGUAGUGGAAUGCCGGUCGCACUGUUGUAUUCCGGCUACGCUCCUACCAUUCCCACCAUGCACCGCUGGGGAUCCUGGAUACGAAGAAUCAGUCCUUCCCCAUGGGCUCUUGAGGCGCUAAUGGCUAAUGAAUUCAUGGACAUAGACCUCCACUGUACCGAGUCACAGAUGGUGCCGUCCGGACCUGGCUACGAGGACAUCAAAUACCAGGGCUGUACUAUCUCCGGUAGUACCGAAGGUUCUGAUGUUGUUUCUGGAACUACAUACCUCACCCAUGUUUACCAAUACUUCCCCUCUCAUAUCUGGCGCAACUUUGGCAUCCUCAUCGCGUUCUGGGCUCUUUACACUGUUAUUGCUGCAGUUGGACUUGCUGUGAUGACCCGGGAGACCAGCGGCUCUUACGGUCGCAUUUUCAAAAAGGUUUCGUACCCAGACUCUGCUUCCAGUAUCUCGACCAAGAUCGAGAGUGAAGGAACCAGCACGACCGAUUUGCAUUCCUCGUCCGAGACUGAACUGGAAGCGGCAGGCAACGAAAAGAACGAGGAGGAGCCUCGGAUUUCAUUCACUUUCAAUCAGCUGAGCUACCACGUCAAUAUCGGAUCUUCUGAAAAGCAGCUGCUUACUGAAGUCAGUGGGUAUGUUCGCUCUGGGCAACUCACAGCUCUGAUGGGUGCCUCCGGUGCAGGAAAGACAACACUUCUUGAUACCAUCUCUCAACGAAAGUCCGAGGGCCGCGUGGAGGGAGAAUUGUUGUUGAAUGGAAAGCCUUUGGAUCGCACUUUUGCUCGUUCUUGUGGAUUUGUCUUGCAGCAAGACGUGCACGAACCCACUGCGACAGUACGGGAAGCUUUGCAAUUCUCUGCCCGCCUCAGACAACCCGCGGAUGUCCCCGAGUCUGAAAAGAUGGCAUACGUUGAACAUGUCAUUAGGCUUCUCGAUCUCGAAUCUCUCGCAGAAGCUCUUGUUGGAGGCGUCGGUGAUGGCCAGCUCAGCGUGGAGGAACGGAAACGAGUGACAAUCGGCGUUGAGCUAGCUGCUCGCCCUUCUGCCCUUCUCUUCCUCGACGAACCCACAUCUGGUCUUGAUAGUCAAGCUGCUUACUCUUUGGUCUCCUUCUUGAAAAGGAUUGCAUCCGAAGGCCUGCCUAUCGUCUGCACCAUUCAUCAACCAUCUGGAGUUUUGUUCGAUAUGUUCGAUCAUGUUCUGCUUCUUGCACCUGGUGGAAAAACUGUUUUCUUUGGAGAGACAGGUGAACGGUCUGUGAAGGUUGCGGAGUACUUUGCGAAAUAUGGUGCCAUCAUUGGCGAAGAUGAUAACCCUGCCGAAUUUAUCCUGGACACUGUUACUGAAAAAGAGAGCACAAGAGACUGGCCAGCUACCUGGAAUGAGUCCGCCGAGCGAAACAACUUGCAAAGCAAGAUUGCCCACUUGAACGAAAAAGCAGCGAUGUGUUCGAAUCAGAGUGAGACUUCUGACCAGAAACAAUACGCUCUUCCAAUCUGUGACCAAAUGCUUUACCUUACCAAGCGCCACUGGAUCGCUAUUUGGAGAAACGGCCCCUACAACUUUAGCAGGCUUUUCAAAGCAAUCUUCUGUGAGAUGUUCAUCGCUUUCAGUUUUUUCAUGGCAAAGUCAGACAUUCAAGGAUUGCAAAACCACAUGCUGACACUCCUGCUACUGUCUUGGAUUAUUCCUGCAACCGCUGCCGAUAUCCAAAGUAUCUGGUUCCAGAAAUGGGCGAUUUUCUCUGCUCGCGAAAAGAAUGGGAUAUAUAAAUGGAGCACGCUCCUUACUGCCUUGAUUGUUGUCGAGAUCCCUUGGCAAAUCGGCUUCUAUACGAUUGUUUACCUUUGCAGCUACUGGACUGUGGGCUUCCCGAACAACCCAACCCUCGCCGGAUUCCAAUACUUUAUGUUCUUGCUGUUGUCAUUUUUUGGAACGGGGUACUCCUACCUCCUCGCUGCCUUAUUUCCCAACGCUACCAUGGCAAGUUACGCCAACUCCUUGUUUUGGGUUCUUCUGAUGCUCUUUUCGGGUGUUCUGGUGCCACAUUCGGCGAUGAACACGUUCUAUAAGCCAUGGCUGUUUUGGGUAGAUCCCAUGCGAUACUUUUUUGGUGGUAGCGUGGCAAACAUUUUGCACGGAGUCAAGGCAACAUGCUCCUCCGGUGAUUUCACUCUUUUCAAUCCACCAUCCGGACAAACUUGUGUGGAAUACGCAUCAUCGUUCCUUGCUUCAUCUACCGGUUACCUGGAGAACCCAAAUAGCACUGCCGAGUGCGCUUACUGUCCUUAUACUACUGGCGAUGACUACACAGCAACUCUGGAUUACUACUACAAGGACAAGUGGCGCGAUUUUGCUGUUUUCCUUGGAUUCUGUCUUACCAAUGUUGCCUGCCUGUACAUCAUCAUGUGGUUCAGACAGGGUAGAUCGCAGCGAUAA